GCGACGUACCAACUGGAACUUUCCGAGGAGCUGAGGGCGCGUGGAAUUAAUAACGCGUUCCAUGCGUCCCUCCUUCGGCCGCAUUUCCCUAAUGACGACAGGCGAUUUCCUGGACGACAGUUCCAUCAGCUACCCGGAUUUGGUGAACAACCACGGGAAUGGGCGGUGGAUCGCAUUCUGUCUCACCUUGGAAAGGGCGCGGACGCGGAGUUUGAGGUGCAAUGGUCGACGGGGGACGUCACCUGGGCACCGUACGCAGACGUUCGGCACCUGCAGGCACUAACGGAAUAUUUCGAGGCUAUGGGUAUUUCAAAUAUCCGUCAGUUA